AAUGUCAAAUGUAUUUCUGUUGCCCUUGUGUCUCCUGUGGCGCAGUGCGGGUUCAGUCAGUGAAGCAAACGUGAGGAAUUCCUCUCCCAAUCCUUCAUCUGCUGUCCGUCCAAGCCCCUGCUCAUCAUUCUAAUGCUUUGCAAUCUUGGCCAUAAACAUAUUUAUAAAGAGAUUGGACAGAUUUGGACGGCCUCGGCGUGAUGAUACAGUCAAUGAUGAGGGAAUAUAGUUGCAUCGAAGUGUUUCAUAUAAAAUAGCGUUGCUGCUAAAAGGGUUAGGAAUGAUCUUUUCAGAUGAGACGGCUCAAACUGUGAUGAAUCCUCUCACUGGGUUUUGUUUGCACCCAGUGGACCCGGUGGAUGUCUCUGCCACACAUUCUUCUUUAAUUCAAUUAAACUCCCAGCUGCUCCUGCAUUAUACUGGCUCUGUUCUGUUUGUCUGGUGUUUCCUGUUGCCGUGUUAUUUGCUACACGUGGCUUUUCUUGUUUUAACAUGAGCUUCAGUAAAAAAUCUAAAUAUGUGUCGAUGUACCUACAAAUAGUUCCCCCAUUAGGGAGGAUACUAAGAACACAAUGCCUGAUUAUUCAUUGUUAUUUUGGUCUAGACAUGUCUGACUUGCUCUGAUUUGAAAAGAAAGCAACUUGGUACCGACUGCUCUCUUGACUUCCAGAAUGUCCUGCAUAGAAGACCACAGAGGGCAUCGAUAUGGUAAGGAAGUUCAGUUCAUUUCAAAAAGGGGGGCCGAUAGAUUUGUCCUUACUUCUAAACAUCUUACAUCUUUAGAGGAAGAUGAGGAGCAGGGAGAGGAAGAAGAGCGCCCCAAACCCAAGCCAGUGGUUCCACAAAUUGCAGCACCUAAAAUCCCAGAGGGGGAACGUGUUGACUUUGAUGACAUCCACAGGAAAAGGAUGGAGAAAGAUCUUCUGGAGCUUCAGACUCUGAUUGAUGUUCACUUUGAACAAAGGAAAAGAGAAGAAGAGGAGCUGAUUGGACUUAAAGAAAGGAUUGAGAGACGAAGAGCCGAAAGAGCUGAGCAGCAGCGAGUGAGAGCUGAAAAAGAGCGCGACAGACAGACAAGGCUUGCUGCGGAAAGACAAAGAAAAGAGGACGAGGAGGCAAAAAAGAGAGCAGAGGAUGAGGCCAAGAAGAAGAAGGUGCUCUCCAAUAUGGGGGCUCACUUUGGAGGGUUCCUUGCAAAGGUGGAGCAAAGACGAGGCAAGAGACAAACUGGAAGAGAAAUCAAGAAGAUGACCCUGGCUGAAAGACGCAAGCCGCUCGCUGUUGAGAACCUGAGAGAGGACGGCCUCAGAGAGAAAGCCAAGGAGUUGUGGGAAUGGAUCUAUGAGCUGGAGUCAGAGAAGUUUGACCUGACUGAGAAGAUGAAGAGACAGAAGUAUGAGAUUAAUGUUCUACUGAACAGAAUCCAACAUGCUCAAAAAUUCAAAAAGGGCCAUGGGAAAGGGAAGGUUGGAGGACGCUGGAAGUGACAAAUGUGCACAUAUAGCAGAAGCACAAGCAACAAGGAAAAUAUUCUGUUUUUUGAUUUCAGCCCCACUCUAGUGUUUAUGCUGAGACAUAAAACAAUUCAUCAGAUCUUUGUGUGAAAUAUACAGGCACAUAUUUAUUUGAUUUGCAUUUGUAGCUGUUAAAAUAAAGGCCUGAAUGAAAUAAA